UUGCUUUGGUUGGAAUAUAUUUCAAUCUCAACUUUUUUAUUUUAUUUUCAGAUUAUAAGAAUUAAUCAUGUGUGCUGGUGACUGCUGUUGUUGUGAUCAGCCAGAUUCCUCAGAGAAAGCUCGGCUGACAAAUUCCUCAGAGAACAGAGGAUGCACAGACAUACCUGUAUUACUUAUAUUUAUCCUGUUCUGGGCAGGAAUGAUAUACAUAGCUGUAUUUUCUGUGUCACAUGGAGAUGCCUUUAGAUUGGUGUAUGGUUACGAUAGUUUUGGAAACACAUGUGAUGAAGAUAAUGCAGACAAGAAAAUGGAAAAUGUCUCAUUAACUGGGCUCAACCAUAAAGGAAAACCUUAUGUUUUCUUCCUUGAUAUUAGAAAACCACUUGAGACAACGAUGUUAUGUGUAACUAAAUGUCCAGAUAUAGAGAUUGAUAAUAUUAAUGGAGUACAGGAGUUUGCCAUCAAAGAAGGUUCAAACUUAUGUCGUUACGAUGUACCAAUAGACAAAAUCACAGAUGAUGCAAAUAAAGAUAAAUGUCCACAAGUGUUCCCUGUAUGGAAAAGUGACGAUUUGUUGUUUAGGUGUGUCCCCAGUAAACUUACUGUUUUGGGGGACAAACUGGCAGUUCUUUUUGAAUUUCUGAAUAAUAGUGAUACGUUCCAGAAAGCUCUGAGUGAUCUUUAUGCUUCAUGGAAAGAAAUGAUUCUUCUUUGUCUUCUGGCUUUAGUUUUUGCUAUAAUAAUGGUUUUACUGAUCAGAUUCAUGGCUUCCAUCAUUGUAUAUGUCAUCUUAGGUGUAGCUAUAGUAGCCAGUUUAGCUGCUACUGGGUUUUUAUGGUGGACCUAUGCAGAUAUAGUUAGUGACCUGAAUGAUGAUAUAAUACACAAGAUUCCUCUUCUGGACAUUGAAGUCAGGGCUAAAACAGCUUUUCUUGUUUACUCUAUUAUAGCCUCGGUCUUAACAGUCAUCCUUCUCUUGAUAAUCUUAGUUAUGAGGAAGAGAGUUGGCUUGGUUGUAGCAUUGUUCUAUGAAGCAGGAGAUUGUUUGUCUGCUGUACCACUACUGCUAGUACAACCACUUUGGACAUUCUUACUUCUAAUGGCAUUCUUUUUCUACUGGGUUAUUAUACUGGCAUAUUUAUCAACAUCAGAGAUAAGAGAAUACAAUAAUGUAACUGGACAUAUUGAUUAUACAGAACACGAGACUGUCUCGUAUUUCUGGUGGUAUCAUCUGAUUGGUCUGAUAUGGACCAGUGAAUUUAUCAUUGCAUGUCAACAACUUGUAGUGUCUGGAACUGUGGCCACAUGGUAUUUUAGCAGAAAUAGAAAUGAUUUAAGCUGCACCAUAUGUAAAUCUAUGAAGAUGAUGAUAUUUUAUCAUCUGGGAUCAGUAGCUUUUGGAGCCUUUGUCAUAACAUUGGUCAAACUUCCUAGAAUGAUACUUAUGUAUAUACACAAAAAAUUAAAGUCGUCAGCGGGGAGUAACAAAUGUGCUGAAUAUUGUUUGAAAUGUUGUAUUUGUUGUCUAUGUUGUUUGGAGAAGUGUCUUAAAUUUCUAAAUCAAAAUGCCUAUACAGUUGUUGCCAUUAAUGGAACAAGUUUCUGUACAUCUGCAAGGAAGGCAUUUUUCACAAUAAUAUCUAAUGCUUUGAGAGUUGCAGCUAUAAAUAGUGUGGGCGAUUUCAUUUUAUUUCUGGGGAAGAUAGGUGUUACAGCAGCUACUGGUGCAGUUGGAAUAGUCUGGUUUAAGACUAAAUCAGAACUACAUUUUUAUGCUGUUCCAGUGCUGUUAGUGUGUGUAUUUGCCUAUUUUGUUGCACAUUGCUUUUUAUCUGUAUAUGAGAUGGUAAUUGAUGCCUUACUUCUCUGUUUUGUUGCUGAUGUUGAUGAUAAUGAUGGCACAGAUGGCCGACCAUAUUAUGCCAGCGAUAAAUUACGAUCUUUCAUCAAUUCAUACAAUAAGAAAUACAUAGAAGAGACCAGUACUGAGUUGAAUCUCCUGACUAGAAAAGAUAAAACAGAAGAGACUGAACCCGCUCAAAUUUAGUAACUCGGACAUUGAAUAACAAUAUUGUGAGAGAUUACCUUUUAGACUUUGUCAAUAAUAUUUUGAAAUGUGUUUAUUUGGUAUAAAAUAUUACUGUAUAAGAAAUGACGGAAACAAAUAUAGAAGUUUAAGCUAAAGAAAGGUUUGCGAAAUAAACUCAGGCACUUUAUAACAUUGGUAGAUGUUGACAGUAGUUUGAAAUGCUUCUGUAUGUAUAUAUGUACAUGUAAUUUGUACAUGUAAUUUGUAUAUAGGAUAUAUUUCUAAAAGAAAAUUUAUUGCAUUUAAACAUGUUAUGAUGUAAAAAACAGAAUCUUAUACUAAAGAUCUCUAAAAUGAAAAUCAGCCAAGACCAAGAUUAAUAUUCUCAGACAAGUUGUCAAAAUCAUGAUUCAAUACCAUUUAGAUCUGACUCUUUCAACUCUUUAACAUGUUAGUCUGGCAUGACUCAUCUGACCUUAUUUCAUAUUUCUUGGGUCUACAGUAACUUUUAGUGAUGAGAUCUGUUUCAAAGAUACGAUGUCAUACCAUGAUUGGCAUAUAGAAUAAGUUGUUGGUCACAUGCCCAGGGGGUAACUUCCUAUAUUUUAUUGGUAUGAGUGUGCCGCAAAACAGGGUUGCUUUUUCAUGUCUGCCGCUUAGAACAAGGUUGCUUUUUCAUGUCUGAUGGUUAGAACAGGGUCACCUUUUUCAAGCCAUACUGGUGAGAACAGGGUCCUUUUAAACAAAGUAUUUGUCUAGAACAAGAUCACUUAUUUAACUGUUUAAGAUACAGUCUAUAACCCAGGACUAAAAUAGCAUUUAUUUUAUAUGGUCUGGAACAGGGUAUACAUUUUCUGAGGGUGUCUAGAACAAGGUAUGUUUUUCGAUAUUUCUGUUAGAAUUGGGUAUGUUUUCAGUGUUACCUGGUUGGAACAGGGUGUGAUUUGACAAGUGCUGUCAGCAUAGUUUUUACCGGAAAGGUUAGUCAGUUAUCCCCCAGGUCACAUGCCUGUCUGGCAGGGUGUUUCUGACAUUGAAAUCAUUAUCAUGAAUCAAUAAUAAUGUUAGUUAGAUAUACCAGUACCUACUUUAAGAUUAUGGUCUGGAAGACUUUGACAUGAAUAUUUAUAUUGAUUAGGAAAGAUGGAUACAAUAUAAGAGGGUACACAUUUGUUUAAUAAAUGUUUUAAAACUGUUUGAAGAGAAUGGAAAUAAUCUUUAUCAGCUGCAAUUUUUGACAGAAAUGAGACAUGAGAAAUGUUGGUUGCCUAGCAACAUUUAAAAAAAUAAAAUUUAUUACACUAUUAAGGUAGAGAUAACAUAAAAUAUAUUUGUAUCUCAAGAACAUAUUACUUGACUUUUGUACAUACACAAUGAUUGGUUAAAUCUAUGUGACCCUAAUGUACAUGUAAAUAAAGGUCAUAAUGACUGUAAGUAUAUGUAGUUCUGAUAUUUUUCAUUGGUCAAAACCAGUUUAUAUUAUUUAAUAAGGUUGUUUAUUUUUUUGAAUUUUUUUCUUUAAAAUUGAUUCAUGUCUUGUUUCAGUUGUAUACAAUGUAAAUGUACAUAUUAUAAAUAUGUGGAUUAUAAUGAAUAUUUUGGUGCAUAGUACUAAAUUCUGCAUAGAAUUAGUUAAUAUUGCUUUGUUACUUUGAAUUUUAUCAUGUUAUGGCUAUUGAUGCAUGCACUUGUUUCUAACAAUUAUUUGUUCUAUAUUCAAUUUACAGGGUACUAUAUAAAUGAACAAAGUGAAUAAAUCUUCUCCUUGUAGAAGAAUUCUGUGUAAGAUAGAUGCAAUAAAUGAAAUAUAAACAUUUUUUUUUUAAUUCAUAGGUUGUUAUGGUUUGUUUUAUAGUGGGAUUUAAGAUCUCCUUCUUGGUAUCCAUAGGCUGAAGGUUGUUUGAUUUAAAAAAAAAUAAAAAAAAUAUGCAUUCAGGAAAGGCAUUUAAAAAUAAGGCAGUAAGAUUUGAUUUUUUCUCUAUUAUUUUAGAACAAGCACAUGACAUCUGAUCCAUUGAGAGGAAAGCUGAACUGACCUCGCUUAAAUGUUUUUAAAAUAAUUUUAAUGUCUAUCAGCUUUUCUUAGCUACCGUAGAUCUGCCCUUCCAACAUGAUUCUAAUAGAUCUCUCCAGCAAUGUUGUCCAUCAGUAGUGCCUUUUUUUAUACCAGCUUGAAUAUUUUUGGCUACUAUUUAUUGCUAAAAGAUGUGCAUAGAAAAACUCCCCUUUAUUUAUGAAAGAGUAAUGAAUUAAUUCAUUGUUGUUUUUUUAUUUUA